GUGAGCGCAGCGCAUAGAACUCGGUUCCAUGAUGGGGAAGAUCGACUACCUACCUUACUACUCGGUAGCAUGCAUGGUUCUACACACAUACCACAGUACACAGUACUCCUCCGCCCACGUGGCACAUACAUAAGGUACCUUACAUACAUACACGUGGAUAAAGGCGCGCAUUGCCGUCCGUCCCCCUGCGCCGCUUCGACCCGUGCUUCUCCCGCUGCUUCCGCAACCAAGGAAGCCGGCGCAUAGCCACAAUCACACGUCCCACGUAAUGCCACCGCAACCCAGAAGCUGAAUCUGUCAGAUGGGAUCCUGACCGGCGGACCCCGUUGCUCAAGUGCCCGGCAGCAUCUGGAAUAACUCGCCUCCAGGGCCGCCAUGCCGCCAUGCCGACCUACCUCUGCCACGGCUUCCGCUGGCAGCGGCGCAGCAUCCGAGUCUACGUGAUAUUGCAGGACCUCGACGACGCCUCCCCGGAGUGGAUCAUACCCGCCAAGAGCGCCCGGUGCAUACUCCAGUCCUUCUACGACGUCUUCGAGUUCCUCCCUUACUGCUCCCCGAAGAGGGGCCGGCAUGCCCCAGCGCGAGACGUCGACGGCGGCGACGAUACCCAUCGCGCCCUCGGCUACGCCAACGACGCACCCAGGGAUCGCAGUCGCAGCCGCGGUCGUGGUCGCGGCCGCUCGCAAAGCCAGAGCACCGCCCAAAGCCGCAGUUUGAGCCGCGCAAAGCGGCAGCAGCAGCCGCCACCGUCCCUGCCCACCAGCGACGAUGCCAGCAGUGUCGUUUCGGAAGAUGACUUCAGCGCCCAAGCCUGGUCCGCCAUCAAGCUGCUCGAGGAGUACGACCCGCGUGACCUGACCGCCGUGUCGCGGCCCUACGCCUACGUGGCCGACUACGCAGCGCGCAUCGACCUGUCGUGCUCCAUCGUCGACGAGAUCGCCCGGUACGAGCAGCAGCAGCUCCAGAGCGCCCGCCCGGCCAUUUCUAUCCCGUCUAGGAACGCCCCCGCGGAACAGCCGGGCUGGUUCGAGGAGCUCCGCGAUCAGCUGCAGCGCGGGGAAGAGAUACGCUGGUACGUCGUGGUCAAUGGCGACGAAGUGCGAGACUGGUCACAUGAGCCGUCUGAUAGAGGGAGCGUCUCCGAACCGGACUCUGCCGCGGGAUACCCGCAGCCGCCAUCUUUACACCGCCAGCAACAGGAUCAACAGAAUUACCAACACCGGUACCAAUCCCAGUAUCAAUCCCAAGCGCACCCAGGCCGGCCAAUGCCGACACGAGAGCAGAAACAGCACCUUGCGCAGUACGUCCACCAGCAGCUGAUUUUCGAGAACGGCGACCGGGAGCAGGCACGACGCCCGGAGCGGCAGUUGGCUUUGGAGGGCAAUGACCGGGAUCGGCAACGGGAGCAGCAGCAGCAGCAGCAGCAGCAGCAGCAGCAAAAGCCGUUGUUCGAGAAGGUGGACGAGUGCAGGAAACAGGUGCAAGACCAGGAGCAGCUGGUCUUCGAAACGGGCGAGAGCGAGCGCGAACGACGGCAACGCGAGUAUACGCAGCAAAAGCAGAGUUUGCCGCGGAGGGACCUGGGGUUGAGAGAAAGACAAAGAGAAAAGGAGAAGGACAUGGCAAACGAGGAGCAACCGCGGCCGCUGUUCAUUGGGCCCGGGAAGACAGGAAUGACGAAUACAACAAGGACGAUAACAACGACGACGACAACAACACCAACAAAAAAGACGACGACUACACCGGGUGGAGACAGACCACCGAUGGUACCAGAAAAGGACUACCCCCCGCGCCCUCCAGCCGGGAACGCGAACACGCUCGCGCAUGCCGGACCGCUCAGACCGAAGAAGUCGGUGGAUGCCGGCGCAGGCGGGAGGCCCAAGCCCUCCGGGAGUAAAACGGGCGGGCUGCGCAGGUUGUUUGGGAGGGCGAAGGCCGAUGUGGUGUACGCUCCUUGAUUAGGGGUGAAGAGAGACACAAGGAGAACGGUUACGAUGUCUCCGGGCCUGGGCAUUCUAAGACAUGGCCGGAUGCAUCCUGAAUGCGGUCAUUACGUUUGGCCGAAAAUCAACGGGGCUCGCAAUAACCCCCCCCCCCCCCAGUAGCCAGAG